AUGAGUACCUUCGACGACUUCGGCGAUCUCGAGUGGGGAAAUUCAAGGCCGAAUCCUGUUCGGUUCGCGGACUGCUUCGACCGCCUCCCGGUCAAUACACCUUCGAACCACGCUCACAUCAUUGACUUGUCCUCGUACAAGCCGGCAGAAAUUGGCGGGCAGUAUGAUCUGAAGCUUCAAGACGCGGUUGUUACCCUGAUUUUCAACAUCUCGAAGGGUCUCCUCAAGCGAUUCCUGAGCGCUAGCAUCAAAACCUUCAAGAUGGUUCACCAACUUCAACUGGGGCCAUCGAACAUGAAGCUCAUCAUCUGGAGGCGGGGAAAUCAAGUUCUUGUCGGGCAGUACAUUGAGUACCCGGAUAGCAAUCUCGUCGAGUGGGACAACCUCAUCCGUUAUGUCAUCAACUUUGACGGUACCUGGGAUAUUACUGAAGCCUCUUUCGGAAAAUACACUCGAAGCAAACUCAUUGACGCCUGGAUUGGGGCUUUUGUGCAACCCAUCCUCAACAGAGAGAUCACGGCUUCUAACGACAAAGAUAUGGCAAAGCUUGCGACUAGUUCCGCUAACUAUAUCCUCAUGUGCAAGUGCUGGAAUGCAGAAGAGGGCUUCAAGUGGACGAUUAAGACGACUUGGUAG